UCAAGAUGGCGUUGGCGGCGGGAAUGCGCGUCCGUGCGCGCGCGCUGCUCCGUGCAGGGGCCCAGCUCCGGGGCGCGGCCCUCGGGCGGCCGGAGCCGGCGGGCGGCGGCGGGGACGGCGCGCGGCGCUUCGCGAACCUCCGGGUGCUGGUGGAGACGGACCCGGCCGCAGGGGUCGCUGUGAUGAAACUGAAGAACCCGCCAGUGAACAGCCUCAGCCUGGAGGUCCUGACGGAGUUCCUCAUCAGCCUGGAGAAGCUAGAGAAUGACAAGGCCUUCCGCGGCAUGGUCCUCACUUCGGACUACCCCGGCGUCUUCUCGGCUGGCCUGGACCUGACAGAGAUGUGCGGGCGGAACCCAGCCCACUACGCCGAGUACUGGAAGGCAGUGCAGGAGCUGUGGCUGCGGCUCUUCCUCUCCAACAUGGUGCUGGUGGCUGCCAUCAAUGGGGCUUGUCCUGCGGGAGGAUGCCUGAUGGCCCUCACCAGCGACGUCCGUGUCCUAGCCGACAACCCCAACUUUGUCAUAGGACUGAAUGAGACCCAGCUGGGCAUCGUCGCCCCCUUCUGGUUCAAAGAUACCCUCGUGAACACCAUCGGGCACCGAGCCUCAGAGCAUGCCCUGCAGCUGGGGCUGCUCUUCCCGCCGGCCGAGGCCCUCCAGGUGGGCAUAGUGGACCAGGUGGUGCCUGAGGACCAGGUGCAGAGCACGGCGCGCUCGGUGAUGGCCCGCUGGAUGGCCAUUCCAGACCAUGCUCGACAGCUGACCAAGGCCAUGAUGCGAAAGGCCACGGCAGACCGCCUGAUCAAACAGCGUGAUGCGGACAUCCAGAAUUUUGUCAGCUUUGUCUCCAGAGACUCCAUUCAGAAGUCCCUGCAGACGUACUUAGAAAAGCUCAAACAAAAGAAAGGCUAGUGACUGGGCUGCCACAGGGCUUUUAGCCACAUGUGCCCCUCUGGGGGCCUAUGGUCCCAACAGGGUCUUAAAGUAUUUUUCAACUUAAAAGUACUUUUACCCCUUUGUUCUGCUAAUCUUAGAAGGUCCUGCUCCGUGUAGCCCUGUGUCCCAGGGCCCCAGCGCCGCCCACCAGAGUGCCUUCUGUGCCUGGCUGGCACCAGGGGGUCAGGAGUGUCCUGACUUGGGAUCAUGAACUGGCAGGUGGGGCCGUUCUGGACCUUAGCAAGGUUGCCACUGAGUGUCCCUUUUCCCAAAGCAGAACUGAAAAUAAAUUCCUUGGGUUGUCCCAGCCCUGGGCUGCCUGCUUGCUGGAGGCAUAAGGCCAGGUAGUCCUGGCCUGACCCACACAGGACCCGUGAAGAAAAGCCCUUGACCAUGUGCUUGUUCGUUUGGGUGAGAGAGCAGACGGUGGUUCAGAGAAACUGGGGGCACUUGAGAGGGGCGCGGGACGCGGACUUGCUAAGAGGCAUGCUGUGCUGCUGGA